AUGGAGUGGAAUCAAAAGACUCUCCAAUCCCUUUCCCAAUGUUUUCUGGACACGCUCUGUCCUCUCCGAGAGCCUCGUCAAGCCGCUGAGAAAUCGUUAUCUGACGGAGCCAAUCUACCUAAUUACGGCCUAGCCGUUCUCCGAAUAGUAGCUGAACCUUCUGUCGUUGAACAUAUCCGUCAUGCCGCCGCUGUCAACUUCAAGAACCAUCUCCGUUCACGAUGGCUCCCUGCUAGUGAUUCUGGUAUCUCACCGAUGGAAGAUUCAGAGAAGGAGCAAAUCAAGUCACUCGUUGUUUCACUUAUGCUCUCUUGUUCUUCCCCUUGUAUCCAGAGUCAGUUGAGUGAAGCCCUAAUAAUCAUUGGCAAGCACGAUUUAGAAAACUCUUGGCCUUCUUUGCUUCCAGAGCUUAUCGCCAGCCUUAAAAAAGCUGCUAGCGUUAAGGAUUAUGCGUCCAUCAAUGGUAUUCUUGGCAUCGCUAAUUCGAUUUUCAAGAAGUUUAGGUAUCAGUAUCGAACCAAUGAUCUGUUUCGUGAGUUAAACUAUUGCCUUGGUAAUUUUGCUGCCCCUUUGCUAGAGAUGUUCCAUACAACAGCUGAGUUGAUUGAUGCUGAGGGAUCAGCUGCGAUCCUUAAGCCUAUGCUUGAGUCCCAAAAGCUCUGCUGCAGAAUCUUUUUCUCGUUAAGCUUUCAGGAUUUUCCGGAGGCUUUUGAGGAAGAUUUAAACAAGUGGAUGGAAAAGUUUCACAAGUAUUUAUCCUCAAGUUACUCUGCUUUAAAAAGCACGGAAGAUGGAUUAACACUUGUUGAUGAUCUUCGCGCUGCGGUAUGCGAGAUUAUUAAUCUUUACAUGGAGAAAUAUGAAGAAGAUUUUCAUGACUUUUGGAGUGGUUUUGCAUCAACGAUCUUGACAUUACUCCGAGAUGUGUCAAAGUCUCCUAGCAGAGAUCAACUAGCUACUAGAGCAAUCAAGUUUCUGACCAUUUUGAGCAGAAGUGUUCACCAUACUUGGUUUGCUGGCGACAAUGUAAUCAAGGAGAUUUGCCACGACAUUGUCAUUCCUAAUGUUUAUUUGAGGGAUGAAGAUGAAGAACUUUUCGAUAUAAACUAUAUCGAUUUUAUCCGUAGAGACAUGGAGGGAAGUGAUGUGGAUACUAGAAGGAGAAUAGCUUGUGAGCUACUCAAAGAACUUGCCGUAAACUACAAAAGCCAAGUGGCACAAGUAGUUUAUAUUGAGAUACAGAAUCUUUUGUUAUCAUUCUCAGCAAAUCAGGUUGCACGGUGGAAAGAUAAGGACUGUGCAAUUUACUUGGCUGUCUCUCUAGCUACUAAGAAGGCAUGUGGUGGUGCGUCUUUGUCUACAGAUCUCAUUGAUGUUGUAACCUUCUUUGGAAACUUCAUUCACCUGGAGUUACGAGAUCACGAUGUCAACACUUCUCCAAUGCUUAAGACAGGGUCCUUGAAGUUCUUAACAAUGUUUUGUAGUCAAAUACCAAAGCCCUUUGGAAUUCAGUUGUUCCCGGAAUUGGUCCGGUUCCUUACAGCAGAGACGAACGUGGUCCACUCGUAUGCUGCUAUGUGCAUAGAGAAGUUCUUUCUAGUAAAGGAAGAAGGCGGACAACGUAGGUAUGGUGCUGGUGAUAUAAGUCCGUUUUUGUCGCAGUUGAUGACAAACCUAUUUGACGCAAUGAAGUUUCCAGAUUCUAUGGAGAAUCAUUACCUAAUGAAGUGUAUAAUGCGGGUUCUUGGUGUUGCGGAUAUCAGAGGUGAUGUUGCUAAUUACUGCAUCGGGGGGUUGACCUCUAUUCUUAGUGUAGUUUGCAAUAAUCCUAAGAAUCCUGUCUUUAACCACUAUCUCUUUGAGUCUGUGGCUGUACUUGUUCGACGGGGAUGUGAACGCGAUAUUGCUCUUGUACCUCCGUUCGAAGCAGCUUUUCUUCCUAGCCUACUGAAGAUUUUGGGAAAUGAUGUCACAGAGUUCUUGCCUUAUGCGUUUCAGUUGCUGGCUCAGCUUGUUGAGUUAAGUAGACCACCGCUCUCAAAGACCUACAAGCAAAUCUUUGAGGUGCUUCUCGAGCCGAAAUCAUGGGAGGUAAGGGGCAACGUUCCAGCUCUUGUGCCUUUACUUAAAGCUUUCCUGCAGAAAGUAUGUCAUGAGGUCACUUGGAUGAGUCAAGUGCUGGUGAUAUUCAAUAAUCUUGUUUCAUCUCCUAGCACAGAUGAGCAAGGCUUGUAUGUGCUUAACACGGUUAUUGAAUAUAUCGACUACAGUUUGAUUGAACCUCACAUGAAGUAUGUAUGGGAUGUUUUAUUCGGACGCCUUGAACGCAAAUAUACAGUCAAGUUUCAGAAAUCACUUGUGAUAUUCAUGUCGCUGUUCUUGGUAAAGCACGGACCAGGGAAUCUCUUCAACUCUAUGAACACGGCUAGGCCGAAUAUAUUUACUGCUGUCUUAAAGCAAAUCUGGAUUCCAAAUGUCAAACUGAUCACGGGAGCUAUCGAGGUCAAGUUAACCGUGGUUGCUGCAACUAGACUCAUAUGUGAGUCUCCAGCUCUUCUCGAUCCAUCAGCUAGUAAACUAUGGGGAAAGAUGUUGGAUAGUAUCGUCACACUUGUUUCACGGCCCGAGGAAGAAAGAGUCGUCGAUGAACCUGAAAUGACAGAUGAGAUGAUCUUGGAGAAUGUUGGAUACAAAGCUGCGUUUGUGAAUCUUUACAAUGCUGGGAGAAAAGAAGAGGAUCCUCUAAAAGAAAUUAAAGAUCCAAAGGAGUUCUUGUUAGCUUCUUUGGAUAGGUUUUCUUCUGCUUUUCCUGGUAGAUAUGGGCAGAUGAUUGGCGAGAAUCUUGAACAAGCUAAUCAAGAAGCUUUGAUCCAGCUCUGCAAUGCUUACAACUGUGGAAUAGCUUGA